CGUUCCUGAGCAUGCCUACAAAGCGUCGAAAAUAAACAAUAGACCAAGCAAGAGAGAUACAUUUUGGAGCGUCCAAAAACUUCAUUAAAUUAAGUAAAAACGCGAUUUCAGUGGACAUACAGCCUCUAAAUUGGAAAACAAACGUCUCAGUAACCAUGGAAAACGUAUUUUCGUUGCGAGUGAGUGUGUUCUCCGACCAAGGCGGUAGGAAAUAUAUGGAGGAUGUGACCGAGGUUGUAGUGGAGCCCGAGCCGGGGGAGGAUGAGCUUGAGUCGCCGGAACAAGGCGACGCAAAAGUGGACAGCUGUUCGUCUGCUGACAGUACGCCGGUAAACGUGGUUCAACAGCUAGCUCCAAGCAACCCAUGCAACGGCCCCCUUCCUUCACCGGCAGCCACCACGGUGGCAUGGACUCAUAACAUCACAAACGACGGCGAAAGUUGUGCAGCGGCAUCGGUGGAGGGCGAAACACCAACUGACGAGACUCUUCCACGGCGUUCAGUGGCUUAUUUCGCAGUUUUUGACGGCCAUGGGGGACGAGAAGCAGCGCAAUUUGCUCGGGACCAUCUUUGGGAUUUUAUAAAGAAACAACGGGGCUUUUGGUCCAAUGACGACGAGGAAGUGUGUGGGGCGAUCCGCAAGGGCUUCGUUGCCUGCCACUACGCCAUGUGGAGAAAGCUGCCGGAGUGGCCGAAGACGCUGACGGGGCUGCCCAGCACGUCGGGCACCACGGCCAGCGUGGUGGUCAUCCGGGGCGACCGCAUGUACGUGGCCCACGUGGGCGACUCGGGCGUGGUGCUGGGGGUGCGGGACGACCCCACCGACCAGUUCCUCCGCGCCGUGGAGGUCACGCAGGACCACAAGCCCGAGCUGCCCAAGGAGAGGGAGCGCAUCGAGGGGCUCGGGGGCAGUGUGAUUAAGAAGUCCGGGGUCAACCGCGUUGUGUGGAAACGGCCACGGCUCACUCACAACGGCCCCGUCAGGAGGAGCACCGUCAUCGACCAGAUCCCCUUCCUGGCCGUCGCACGCGCCCUGGGGGACCUGUGGAGCUACGACUUCUACAGCGGGGAGUUUGUGGUGUCGCCCGAGCCGGACACCAGCGUGGUGAAGCUGGACCCGCGGCAGCACCGCUACAUCGUGCUGGGCAGCGACGGGCUGUGGAACAUGGUGCCCCCGCAGGACGCCGUGUCCAUGUGCCAGGACAACGACGAGGCCAUGGCGCAGGGCGGGGUCUCGAGCGCCCGGCAGCUGGUGAGCCACGCCCUGCUGCGGUGGCGGCAGCGGAUGCUGCGGGCCGACAACACCAGCGCCAUCGUGAUCGCGCUGCAGGAGCCCGGCCAGGCGCCGUCCCCGCUGCACCAGGAGGAGGUCCUGCUCAACCUGGCCGAGGGCCCCUGCUGCGGCCCCCCGUCCGGGUCCCGAUCCAACACCCCGCUGGUGAAGACGCUGGACGCCGAGGCCCCCUCCCCCGUGUGCGAGCUGCUCCCGGCGCUGGAGCGGCGGAACGCUUUCUCGGGGGCGACGCUGCGCGCCCUGUCCGACCCCCUCCCGCCCCCCUGCCUGUCCCCCCCGGAGGGGCGCUCCCCGGAGAGCCGGGCCCUGGCCGUGCGCACCAACGAGGGCCUGGCGUCCCCCUGCAAGCGGGGCCUGCAGAACUCCCCCGGCCCGUCGGGCAAGAAGGGCCGCCGCUGCCCCCCCUGCCCCGGGCCGGCCCGCCGCAGGAACGCCGAGCGCGCCGCCGGUCGCCGCGGCAACAGGGGCCAGAAGCAGCCCCCCACCGUGACUGACCUCCUGCAGCAGCACCGCAAAGCCACCGUGUGCGUGUGCUGAGCAAAUGCGUGUAUACACACACACACACGCAAACGCACACACUCACUCGCUCACUCACUCACUCACUGUACACAACUGCUGCUCCCUCCGUCCCUCACACACUCCUCCUGGUGCGUGUGCGUGCGUGCGAGUGUGUGUGUGUGUGUGUGUGUGUGUGUGCGUGCCUGUGCGUGCACACGCGCGUGUGUGUGCGUGUGUGUGAGGUUUGCCGUUGUCAUAGAUUGAACGCUGUCCCCCUUGUAACAUUUGUACAUUGCAACUUCUAUGAUGCGUUACCAAGUGGCUCAGAUAGCCCAAUGUUCCAUCUAUGGCACAGGUAUACUUUUAUAGGCAAGUCUAUUACCUGUGUUUUUUUUAUAUGUGAAUAGAUAUGAGUAUAUUUAAACGGGGGAGGAUUACACAUGAUAUCUACAGUCCUGUUGACGUAGCUGUGAUCUGACCCUCUGUACAUGGGGUUUUACUUUAUCUGGUGCGUCUCUUUGAGCUUCCCUUUUCAUUGCGUCUGUUCCUCCUCUCUCAAUUCGGUAACUUGUAAAUAUUCCUGCAACGAGACAAAAAAGGCCCCUUAUUCUACUUUUGAGUAAAGCAAUAUAUAUAUUUUUAUACAUUGUUUUAUUUCGAUUUCUCCUGACUCAAAGGGAUGCAUCAUUUUGACAUUAUGAAGUUGGAUCACAAAUUGACUGUUGUGAUAAGAGAAUGGCGUUGUCCACAGACUAAUCCCAAAACGGUACUGUUUCCGGCUUCUGGUAUUGAAGUGUCUGUGUGUCAGUGUCUUUUUUUUUUUUUUUUCCUGUUUCUAUGGAUGGGACAAACAUCCAUCCUCACUUGACGGUGCUGCUAUGGUAACCAGUGGAAAUAAACACCAGAGAAAAGCUGUGAGGUCAGACAGUAAGGAGCUGGAGCUGCGUCUGUUUGCCCUCUCUUUUAACCCUUGACCUCUGACCUUGAGGGAGUUUACCUUUUUUUUUUUUUAACACUGUAACUGGUAGCUAUGAAUUAGACGUGAAUGAGACUUGGAGUGUUGACGGCUCUGUGCCGUUGCUAUGCAGAUUAUGUCCAGGUUCGUUGAUCUGAAUGACUUAGAGCAUGUCAGUGACACCAGACGCUUUGAUUGGCAGGAUGAACUGUCCGGAUGGUUUUCAUUUUUGUUGAAUCUGUACUUCUCGGUCCGAAUAAAAUGCCCCCCCAAACCCACCCACAGGACCCACAUUGUGGUGGACAGGGCUUUUUCAUCUUUGAGGUUGGAAUUCUUCUGGGAUGAUGUCAGCGGGUGAGACCUUUUCCGAUUGGCCGAAGCUACGCCCAUCGGCCCUGCGUCACACCGCCGCCCGGCGCUUCCACGCCCCCCCUCGGCCAGCUAUUGGUCCAGCUCGUCGUUUUGCCCCGCCCCUUUUCAGGUUCACUGUGGCGAUUUGCUGAGGAGCGAACGCACCGAGAGCCACGGGAGAGCACACGCCCAAUGUGGACCGUUCCGUGACUCCGGCUGAUUGGUGGGUUCGGUCUCCUGGUUUGGGAAUGGGGCGAGUUCCGCAGCUGACCAGCCGGCGCGUCUGAAGCACCGCCUAGACGAGCUGCCCCGUCCCGCGGCUUUAAGGUGUUCUGGAAGAGUCCAUUUUAAAAAUGCAAUCCUUCAACAUAAAACUGUUCUGGAUGGGUCCAUUUAAAUAAUCCAGUCCUUGAGCUUUAAACUGUUCUGGAAGAGUCCAUUUUAAAAAACACAAAAGGCUUACCUGCUCUUCAUGGCUGAACACGGCUCUGUUGAUGUCCCAUUGAAGGCUUAAUUUUCCAUCGUAGAUGUUGUGCGUUCUACAUGCGGAACAGAAGCAUUGAUUGCUUCUUGCGUUGGGUGCUGGUUUUUAAAAACAUUUCUAUGCUGUCAUUUCACGCUGAAGAACGCUUUCUUCAAUGUGAAUAUUUUAUAAAUGUGCUGGUCCCUUGGAUGUGAAAAUGCAGAUAACAUGUUCACUUGCAUUUAACUUUUAAAGGGUCAUACUUUAAGGAUGUAGGUUUUUUUAAUCUGGUUUUUCUCUUUUUUUGUUGUUUAUUUUAUGGUGAUUGAUUCCUGUCUUUCUUCAUUGAAGCCCUGUUAAAAUGUCUGGAUGUUGUACCUUUGCCCUUCCCUUUGCAGUGACUGGUCAAAUAAGGAUUUUUGGUUCUUCAAGACCAAAGUGCAAUUUUAAAAGUAGUUUUUCUCUGUCAAUACCCUGUUCUCGUCCCAGUAUCGAUUUGAAAGUGUGAUGUCGCACCGUUUUAUAAUUGGCAAAGGUGUUUUUAUAUUUCAGGGAUUCUGCAUGAACUAUCUUUUAUUUUAUUGUUUAGGUCUUUUUCCUCUUUUUUUGAUUAAAUGAAGUUUGUUUUAGUUUUGUUGAGAGACCUCACUUUUUAUCGCCAUAGCAAUGGUUUGAAUAAUUGGUGCACUUGACCAUUAAGUUCACGUCAGAUAUUUGCGAUUGUCAUGUGUGACUGCCCACCAGUUCUGCCGCAGUGUCAAACUUCCGUGUACAGUCUCAAUGUGGAAUUACAUCACCUGUCCUGAAUGUUACUGCGUAUGAGUAUAUUGAAUAAAAACAAAUGUUUUCAGUCUCA